UCCUCAGACCAGUUCACAGUCUCAGACGGGUUCAGGUCUACAGAGAGUCAGACGGGUUCAGGUCUACAGAGAGUCAGACGGGUUCAGAGAGUCAGACGGGUUCAGGUCUACAGAGAGUCAGACGGGUUCAGAGAGUCAGACGGGUUCAGGUCUACAGAGAGUCAGACGGGUUCAGGUCUACAGAGAGUCAGACGGGUUCAGGACUACAGAGAGUCAGACGGGUUCAGGACUACAGAGAGUCAGACGGGUUCAGAGAGUCAGACGGGUUCAGGUCUACAGAGAGUCAGACGGGUUCAGGUCUACAGAGAGUCAGACGGGUUCAGGACUACAGAGAGUCAGACGGGUUCAGGACUACAGAGAGUCAGACGGGUUCAGAGAGUCAGACGGGUUCAGGACUACAGAGAGUCAGACGGGUUCAGGUCUACAGAGAGUCAGACGGGUUCAGGUCUACAGAGAGUCAGACGGGUUCAGGUCUACAGAGAGCUGAUGAUGAUGAUGAAGAUGAUGGUUCUGGUUCUCUGGUUCUCCUGUGUGUCUGCUGACGUUCUUCAUGAGGACAUUGCUAUCCAUGGCUGUUCAGACUCUGAUGGAGAGGAGAUGUACUCUCUGGAUGGUGAAGAGAUUUGGUACGCAGACUUCAUCAACAAGAAAGGAGUGGAGCCUCAACCCAACUUCAUAGAUCAUAUUAGCUACCCUGACCCUGGAGCUUAUCAAACUGCUGAGGCUGAUCAACAGAUCUGCAGACAGAACCUGGAAGUAGAACGUAAAGCCUACAAGGACCUUCCACUGACGUUAGAUCCUCCUUCCAGUCCGAUGAUCUACACCAGAGACAACGUGGAGCUCGGAGAGAAGAACACCCUCAUCUGUCAUGUGACUGGUUUCUAUCCUGCUCCUGUAAAGGUCUACUGGACCAAGAACGGAAAGAACGUGACUGAAGGAACCAGCAUCAAUGUUCCCUACCUGAACAAAGACGGUUCCUUCACCCAGACGUCCAGACUGGAGUUCAUCCCACAGCUGGGAGACAUGUACAGCUGUUCAGUGAAACAUCUGUCUCUGAAAGACCCACUGACCCGAUUCUGGGAUGUGGAGAAGCCUGAACCCAGUAUUGGACCUGCAGUGUUCUGUGGACUCGGUCUGACUGUCGGUCUGCUCGGUGUCGCUGCUGGAACCUUCUUCCUCAUCAAAGGAAACGAGUGCAGCUGAUUGGUUGGGGCUGAUGAUGUCAUAUAAGGGGCUUUUUCUAAGGAUCGGGUUUUCUGAGUUUUCUGGAUCACAUCUGUAUUUUCUGAUAACGUCAGUGUCAGCAGCUGUUCUGUGAUCAGUUCUGUUCAGAUUGAAAUUGAUUGAUCAGGAGGUUACAGACUUUAUUGAUCAGUAGUCUGAUGGAUGAUGAGUUCACUGUCAGUAGAAACACACAGUAAUCAAUGAGUUUAAUGUCCAACAUCAAUAAUAAUAGAUCAAUAAGUGUGAUCUGAAAGCAGGGACAGCCACAUUCAGUCAACCUGCUUCGUGUCCAGGCCUCAGGUCUUUAACAUAUAGUCUUUGCUGUAUAUUGAUUGAUUGAUUGAUCAAUAGUGAGUGCUCACAUACGUUGAUUUACUAACUGCUGUUUGAUGAUUCACUGCACAGCUUCUGUCCAAUAAUCACUUUAAUCUUCUUUAUCUGCCACUGUCUAAUGUGAUCAAUAACCUGAUGGAGAAUCAAUCAUUGUAGGAAUUUACUGUAAUAAAGGAAUAAACAUGAA